CAAAUUUAAUUGAUGUGGAGAUAGAUCUGAGAGGGUAUGCAUGCAACGAACGAAAGAAUAAUAAGAUCCACCCCACUCAACCGCAGAAAACGCGUCUUCUUUUGGCGUUUCUUUGUUCCCCACCCUCUCCUUUCUCCCCCUUUUCCCGCUAUAUAAACAACACAACCUGCUUUACUCAGAAACAGAAACAGAAACAGAAACAGAAACAGAAACAGAGACACAAAUACAAACCUCGUAAUGGCUCCGUCAAAACAUCUGAUCUUCCUGGUGCUUCUCCUCUGCUGCGUGAACCUCUGUAGAUCUGUACAACUCAACCACACCACUCUCUCACUGUCUUUCCCUCUCACCGCACUCUCCCUCUCCGCUAACACCACCUCAAACAUGCUACGAGAGUCUCUACUUGCGAGGCCGAAGCGACCUUCGUCUCCGUACAACUACAAACUAGAGUUCAAAUACUGGAUGGCGCUGAUCGUGGAGCUUCCCAUAGGGACCCCACCGCAGGUUCAGCCAAUGUUGCUGGACACGGGAAGCCACCUCUCGUGGAUUCAGUGUCACAAGAAAGCGCCCAAGAGGCCUCCCCCGACCGCCUCCUUUGACCCUUCUCUCUCCUCCACCUUCUCCAUCCUCCCCUGCACGCACCCCCUCUGCAAGCCGCGAAUUCCCGACUUUACCCUCCCAACUUCCUGCGACCAGAACCGCCUCUGCCACUAUUCCUAUUUCUACGCCGACCGUACUUACGCCGAGGGUAAUCUCGUCAAGGAAAAGUUCACUUUCUCCCCUUCCCUUUUUACCCCUCGUUUGAUCCUGGGUUGCGCUACCCAAUCCACCGACCCAAGGGGCAUUUUGGGAAUGAACCGCGGACGCCUCUCCUUCGCCUCGCAAUCCAAAAUCACCAAAUUCUCUUACUGUGUCCCCCCACGCGGAUCCACCCCAACCGGCUCCUUCUACCUCGGCAACAACCCCAAUUCCCACACCUUCCGCUACGUCCAAAUGUUGACUUUUUCCAACACUCAACGCAUGCCCAAUCUCGACCCCUUGGCCUACACGGUCCCCUUGCAGGGGAUAAGAAUCGGGGCCAAAAAACUAAGCAUCUCGCCUCGGGUUUUUCGCCCCGACGCUGGCGGCUCCGGUCAAACCAUCGUUGACUCCGGAUCCGAGUUUACGUAUUUGGUUAGUGAGGCUUACGAUAAGGUGCGGGCGGAGGUGGUUAGGGCUGUGGGGCCCAGGAUGAAGAGGGAUUACGUGUACGGCGACGUCGCUGACAUGUGUUUCGAUGGGAACGCGGUUGAGAUCGGACGGCUGAUAGGGGAGAUGGUGUUUGAGUUCGAGAAUGGGGUGGAGAUUGUGGUUCCCAAGGAGAGGGUACUCGCGCGCGUCAAUCAUAAUGAUGGGGUUCACUGCGUGGGGAUUGCCAACUCUGACAAAUUGGGUGCGCCCAGCAACAUUAUUGGGAACUUCCAUCAGCAGAAUCUCUGGGUGGAGUUUGAUCUCGCCAACCGCAGACUGGGCUUCGCUGCGGCUGAUUGUAGCAGAAGAUUGCCCUACUAGUGUUGCUGCAUGUUACUCGCGUGUGUCGGCACUAGGUGAUUAAUUCAAAUAUCAACGUGUCACCUCCUGUGUGAUGAGGAUAGAUAUCACACGGUGACCACCAAUACGUCCAUGUGGAAUACAUGACAUGACAUGCACUCUAAUAUCAACGAGACCAUUGUAUAUACGAGGAUUAAUUAGAGGAUGUGUACGUAUUGUAUUAUAUUAAUAUAUGAUCCAUUGCUUUGUUUUUUAAGAUAUAAUAUAAUUAAUGUAUACCAGAAUGUCAAUGUCCUCCUUCAACCUUUUAUUAGUAUAGGUAUGUAUGUAUGUAUUAUGUACUAGUUCCAUUUUUUUAGUAUGUUGUGUUGUUUUUUUUUGUAA